CCGGCAGAAAACCAGGAAAACUGAGUCAGUUUGUUAAUGCAGAGAAUCUGAGCUCAUCAGGGACUCUGCUGUAGACCUUCCUCCUCCUCCUGUUCUUCCUCCUGCUCUUCCUCCUACUCUUCCUCCACCUCCUCCUUUCCUUCCUCCUGCUGUUCCUCCUCUUCCUCCUCAUCCUCUCCUUCCUCCUCCUCCUCCUGCUUUCAGGGGGAGCAGCAGCGGAUGCUCUCAGAGCGGAGAAAGCGCUGCAGCUGCAGGAGGAGAACUCAGUGUAACCAGCCGACGUGCCUCCUCUUCCUCCUGCUCCUCUUCCUCGUGAAGGACAGACUCACUCUGGAGUUCAGGACCGAAGCUGAAACUUGUGGGUCCGGAGGACGAACUUUGGGCUCGGCAUGGCGUCUCUGCUGAACUCCGCCUGCCUCAUCUUCUUGCCUGUUGCUCUGCUUCUCAUGUUGAGUCCGUGUCCCGUUGCUGCCGCCUCGACCAGAAGGUGCCACUCCAUCUACAAAGGCUUUGCUCACUGCCUGAUGGCUCUGGGCGACAGUUUGACCGACAACGCUCGCAAGGAGGAGGAAACCCACGAGAUCCACUCCAUCUGCAGGUCUUGGGAUGAGUUUCAUGACUGCGCUAACGUGGCGAUGGCUGGCUGUCCGGAGGAAGCGGCAGCCGUUUGGGAGUCUCUUCGCCAGGAGUCCAAGAAGAUGCAGUUCUCUGGGAACCUGUACGACAUGUGCUCCAACCGGAACAGCCACCCAGCAGACUCCAUCUCCCCCCACGGCUCCCUGAACCAGGAGAUCAACCAGGAGUCUCUAAGAGGCCGCGCGGGUCAUCCGGCAGGCUGCCUCUGUCCUCUGCUGCUACCGGCUCCUCUCCUACUGCUGCUCCUUUGGAUAUAGCCACCCUGAAGAAAUGUGACUAGUGUAAAUAUAUAAAACUUUGUGUAAUAUUCUCUUUCCCCAAGUCCAUAGACUUUUCUCUGCUUCUUCCUCUGCUCUGCCAGGGGUUGCAUAUUUCUAAUUGCAUGCUGAAAUGGCCUCACGGUCCUUUUGAUAACGCAUUUCUGAACUUCGGUUCCGUUUCAUGAAUAUUCUCUGCCGCUUAUGAGUGUUUCUGUUGGAAAUAUGCUCUGUACUUCUGCAAACACAGUUUUAGAGAUGCACAGUGGAGCCACGUGUCUGACUUUACGCCCUCACACUUUCAAAAUGCAGUCAUAGGUUUGCAUGUGAUGAUUCCAGGAAGACUUCAGGUUCCUAACUGUGAUAACAGAAAAAGUAACAACAAAGUCACAAGCAAUACUGUUAGGAUUUAUGAUGCAUUCACUUGCUUAUCGAGAUUUUAGGAGAAAUUUGUGUUUCUGUCUUUAAAAGUUUAUUUUCUGAACCCCAAAAACUGAUUGGUUUGAAUAUUGCUGUUUUUCACCAAAGCUUAAAACAAAUGACAAACAAAUGAGAGCAAAUAUGUGUGUCCAACCACAGU